AUGUCUCCUUGUUUUACUCUACUGGUUUCACUGGAACACUGUUCAAAGUUCCUAGUUGUGACGCGCGCCAUUCAACCCACGCACGCCGGCCUGGCCUGUUCUUUGCCCUCCUCGCCCCUUCGCGCACUCUCGCCUUCCUCAAGGCACGUCCGUGAGUCCGAGGGGGACACCAACCCUCCUCGCGGCCAUCCCUUUCCCCACUCCAGCUCUCCCUAA